AUGGCGACGGCUGGGAUGCGCGUGCUCGUGCUGGCAGCGCUGGCAGUGGGGCUGCUGGCGGCGGCAGUGAGUGGAGCGCGGGACGCCAUGAAGGUAGCCAGGGGGCUGGUCCCAGAGGAGGGUGGCGCGGCUGGCGGGGUGGGCGCGGGGCAGCAGAGGAAGGGCGCGCGCAUUCUGGCGGCUGAGACCUUCGCUCACCACGCGCCUCUGCCCGACUACCUUGAUCACAUCCCCCGCCGCCAGGCCCUCGCCACCACGUGUGGGCGCACGACGGUGACGAUCCGCUCGCAGUUCCUUUCUUCUCCCUCUCUCCUUGCCUCUCAUUUCACUGCUCUCCUUGGCUCUCAUUUCACUGCUCUCCUUGGCUCUCAUUUCUCUGCUCCCUUUACCUCAUUUCUCUGCUCCCUUUACCCCUCAUUUCUCUGCUCCCUUUACCCCUCAUUUCUCUGUUCCUUUACCUCAUUUCUCUGCUCCCCUUACCUCUCAUUUCUCUGCUCCCCUUACCUCUCAUUUCUCUGCUCCCCUUACCUCCCAUUUCUCUGCUCCCCUUACCUCUCAUUUCUCUGCUCCCCUUACCUCUCAUUUCUCUGCUCCCCUUACCUCUCAUUUCUCUGCUCCCCUUACCUCUCAUUUCUCUGCUCCCCUUACCUCUCAUUUCUCUGCUCCCCUUACCUCUCAGUUCUCUGCUCCCUUAUCUCUCGGUUCUCUGCUUUCCUCACCUCCCUUUCUCUGCUCUGCGUGACUCCCAUUUUUCUGCCCACCUUACCUCUCAUUCCGCUGCUCCCCUUGGCUCGCAUUUCUCUGUCCCCCAUGCCCCCAUGUGGGCGCACGACGGUGACGAUCCGCUCGCAGUACCUGGGGCCCGUGUGGGCGCACGACGCAUGUGGGCGCACAACAGUGACGAUCCGCUCGCAGUACCUGGGGCCGUACGACCUGCACAACGACAUCUACAACAUGACCUUCUACAACGGCUGCGCCUACAACGUCACCAGCCCGCUGCGUGUGUGGCAGUGCUUCAACUUCUACAACAUAUGGGAGGGCGUCCUCGCCAACCCCGCGCCCAACCCCACGCAGUACCAGACAGGCGACAUUUUCGUGCAGACCACGCCGGGGUACUGUGAGAUGCGCAUGAACCGCGGUGCUAGCGGCAAACUGCAGAUGCUCCCCGGGGAGACGGUGAACAUUGUGUAUGCGCAUUUGUGGGACUUCCGGCCCUGCGUGCAGGAGCUGCGCUUCGGCAACGGCAACAGCUACUCAAUGACCAACACCACCGAGUGCCAGCUCGCCAAGGUCAUCUAG